CCCUUUAAUUGAUGGAUUGAUACAGAAAAUUUGAGAAAUGUAAGAUAUUACAAAUUCCGAAUUUAGCUACAAUAUUUUCGGAAAUACGCGAUAAGAAAGGGCAACUCUUAUUUGACUAAAAUGACAGCAAACCAUUUCACGUGCCAGUUGAUUACCUUUGCAACAAAACGCGCUUGGAAUCAAGUUUUUCAGCAUCGUAUCCAAAGAACUCCAUUAGGCAUUUUGUUUAGAAUGAGCUCUGAUUGUAAAUCACCUAAGCGCCCUCGUAACGAAGUUCCUGUAAUUGGCACUCACAGUGGAACAUUUCAUUGCGAUGAAGUGUUAGCAUGUUUUAUGCUUAAACAACUGCCUGAAUACAAGAACGCUAGCAUUUUUAGGAGCCGAGACGAACAAUUGUUGCGUGACAAAUGUGAUAUAAUAGUUGAUGUAGGAGCCGAAUUCAAUCAUCAACAAAAAUGGUAUGAUCAUCAUCAAAGAAGCUUUACGGAAACACUUAGUUCCCUGCGACCGGAACUUGGGAACGAGUUCAAGAUUAGGCUGAGUAGUGCUGGUCUUAUUUAUGCUCAUUAUGGCGAACGGGUAAUAGAAUGUAUAUUAAGAGAAUAUGAAAAGUCUCCACUAUCCCCGGAAAAUUUAAAGUUGAGUUUUAUUCAAAUAUAUCGUAAUUUUAUUAGCGAGAUGGACGCUAUUGAUAACGGAAUUCCAAUGUACGAAAAUGUGGGUGAACCACUGUAUAAAAUAUCAACACACCUCGCUUCACGCGUGCACAGAUUAAAUCCCUCUUGGGAAGACGAACAGGGAUGUGUAAUUGAACAAAAACGCUUUGAACUUGCUCUAGAAUUGGUUGGAAAAGAGUUUGUAGAAAAUGUUUUAGAUAUGGCCGGCUCUUGGAUAAAGGCACGAGAAUAUGUUCGGAAAGCAUUAGAACAAGCUAAAUCUAUUUAUAAGACUGGUGAAAUUUUGAUAUUGGAACGUUUCUGUCCUUGGAAAGCACAUUUAUCUGAUCUCGAGAAAGAAUAUAACGUUGUGGGUAUUCCUAAACUAGUAAUUUUUUCGGAAAAGGAACAAAGUUGGCGAGUUGCUGGCGUUCCUGUCUCCCCUAGCAGUUUUUUGGGGCGAAAAUUUUUACCACAACCUUGGCGAGGUUUACGAGAUGAAGAGCUUUCAACGACAGCGAAUAUACCAGACUUAAUUUUUGUACACUCAACAGGAUUUAUAGGUGGGGCAAAGACAAAAGAAGCUGCCCUGGCAAUGGCGAUAAAAAGUGUACAAUGGAAAGAUGACUAAUCCAUACAUAUAUAAA